UACCAUCUUAUAUUUCAGCAAUAUGAGUCAUUGCGAGUUUGAGGAUAUAAUCCUGCACUUGAACGACAGGAUUUCAUCCAUCAGACAGGUCUUGGAGCUGUGGACAAUUGGUAUGAUGAUCUGGUACGUACGGGGCAUGUCUCUUGUCGAAGGGAUUACUUUUAUCUCAUGUAGUUAGUGUUUCAGCUAACAGAGAAGUGAUCUCACCUCAUCAAACAGGAACUCAAUGGUUUUCUGACAGCAUCAGGUAAUACAUAACUUUCUUGAAACUUAACUUAAAAUGUAUGCCCCAUUUUCAGCAAAAGAUCAUGACAAACGGAUCAUUCUAGGGAAGAUGGGACAAGAUGUCCUUUCAAUAGAUGGACUCUUUGACCAGUUUGAGAAAUGUGUUGGCCGCCAAAAAUACCUACUGAAGAAUUUAAAGGUUUUGCAUGCAUGCUUCACAUUGCAUUUUUAGACGGAUCCUUUUUAGCUUGUCUGGAUUGCAAUAUCUUAAAGUACGCUAUUUGUCCUUUAUGUCAGUGUGAAAUCCGAGUUGUAAUUAUAAACCUAGACUGAUAAUGAUUGACUGUUCUUUUUGUCACAGGAACUAGAGGAGUGCUUCCUGAAGGAUGUGAAGGAUGGAAAGCACCUUAGGGACAACAUGCCCACACACAUGUCAAGGAAGGCACAGCCAGCAGUCUAGUAAGGAUACUGUGUGUGUUGGAGGAUGUUAUAAGAGGAGAAACUACAGAGUACCAACCAAAUGAAUUGUAAAUGUGUUUGUCCUCUAUUUUGCCUCCUUUGAUAUCCCAGUGGAAGAGGGCCUGUGAGUCAGAGUGGACCUGUAGAUGUGCAACCAGCCCAGCAGGAGCACCCCAGGAAAACCUCCAAGAACCAGAUCAGAGAGAUGGAAUUCAUCACCUGCCCAGAGUUUAAGACCAUCCCUCAAUGAGUCCCCCUCAAGACUAUCUGUAUACUGUAGUGCAGCUUUAUUUAUUUAAGAUGUUACUGCAGAUCUGGCAGUUUUACCAGUAAAAAAAUAAAUAAAAACAUGUUUAUAAUAUAUCUCUUUCCUCUGUAUCUCUCUUUCGCUCUCUAG